AUGGGUGCAGAUCAAUUCUUAGCCAUGAAUGGAGGAGAUGGAUAUCAAAGCUAUGCAAAGAACUCAGCAUUCCAAAGGGGAGCAACAGAGGUUGCAAAAGAAAUCAUCGAAGAAGAAAUUAGCAAUAAACUUGACAUAGAGGAGCUCUCUUCAACUUCCCCAAAUAUUAUCCGCAUCGCGGAUUUUGGGUGCUCUACAGGACCUAAUACCUUCCACGCAAUGCAAAUUAUAGUUGAAACAAUGAAGAAAAAAAUUGAAACACAAUUAUCAGUUUCUCAUCAGAUGCCCGAGUUUCAGGUUUUCUUUAAUGACCGGACCUCCAAUGAUUUCAAUACACUUUUUGCUACACUUCCACAAAACAAACAGUACUAUGCAGCUGGAGUUCCUGGUUCAUUUUACGUUCGUCACUUCCCUAAGGCCUCACUUCACUUUGCUUAUUCGUCUUGUUCGCUCCACUGGCUUUCUGAGGUGCCCAAAGAGGUGGUGGAUCCCUCGUCUCCUGCGUGGAAUAAAGGGAAAAUUUUGUACUAUGGAGAUAAAAAUGAAGUUUUCAAUGCUUAUGCUGCUCAAUUUGCAAAGGAUUUGGACUCAUUCUUGAAAGCAAGGGCAGAAGAAUUGGUUUUUGGAGGGCUAAUGGCACUUCUUGUUGGUUCUGAGCCCAAUCAUACAAAGUACGCCUCUUAUACCACUUUUCCGUCACUCGAACUUUUGGGGUCUUGUCUCAUCGACUUGGCUAAGGAGGGACUAUUUGAUAUGGCUAAAGUAGACUCAUUCAACUUGCCUACAUAUUUUCCAUCUCCUAAUGAAUUGAAAGCUUUAAUUGAAAGAAAUCAAGAUUUCAGUAUAGAAAGAAUGGAGAUACUAAACCAUCCGCCAAAACGGUUCACUACUCCUGAUUCCAAAUCAUUUGCCUUGUUCAUAAGAGCAUUUAUUGAGGGACUUCUACAGAUUCAUUUUGGAAUUGAAAUCAUGGAUGAAUUGUUCAGGAGAUACGAAGAAAAAGUUGAAGAAACUAAACUUCUGUCGAAUCCUAAUGAGAAUUCUAUGACAACAUUUGUCCUUCUCAAGUGCAAACGGAUGACUUGA